UGGACUCAGAGGAGGACUAGGUGUGCUGUCACUUGUUGUAACCUGCCAAAAGGCCUCCUAUACACACACGGAGAAUCAUUCAAGGAGAGGGUGGGCCUGAGGAGAGUCUCUUUAACUCUGAGCUGUAAGUGUUGUCAAAAAACAGACUGAGCAGCUAUGACGUGGAGGAGCCCUCUGGCCCUGGUGAGGGAUGUUCUGAGAGGUCAGAGGGUGCGGGAGAAGGACCUCCGCAACUUGGUGUCCAAUCUGCCUUAUGAGGGCCUGGAGAAGGGGAAGCAACCCAACUGCUUUUUUCCUGGAAAUGCCAUCAAGACCACCAAAUACACCCUCCUCCUCUUCAUCCCCAUGAACCUCUUUGAGCAGUUUCACCGUCUGGCCAACAUCUACUUUGUGGGUCUGGCUAUUCUGAACUUUGUCCCCGUGGUGAAUGCCUUCCAGCCCGAGAUAGCUCUAAUCCCCAUCGGUGUCAUCAUGUCUCUGACGGCCUUGAAGGACGCCUGGGAGGACUUCAGGAGGUACCAGUCGGACAGGAAGCUCAACAACACGCCGUGCUUCAUCUACAGCAGGAAAGAGAAACAGUUUAUGGAGAGGCGUUGGAAGGAUGUGAGAGUGGGAGAUUUUGUGAAGGUGGUUUGCAACGAGAUCGUCCCUGCUGACCUGCUACUCCUGCACACAUCAGACCCCAAUGGUGUGUGUCUCAUAGAGACAUCCAACCUGGACGGAGAGACCAACCUGAAGCAGAGGAGGGUGAUGUCUGGCGUCUGCAUCUCUGAUCCUGAAUUUGAACCUGAAAGCCUCAACAGUGUCGUGGUGUGUGAAAAGCCCAACAACAAUCUGAAUCAUUUCAAAUGUUAUGUAGAGAAACCUGAUAAGGAGAAGCUGGGUGCUGGAAUUGAGAGUCUGCUGCUGCGAGGCUGCACAGUGAGAAACACGGACCACGCUGUUGGCUUUGUGGUAUAUGCAGGCCAUGAAACUAAGUCCAUGCUUAACAACAGCAGGCCAAGAUGCAAGCGCAGCAAACUAGAGCGGAAUCUGAACAUAGACGUCAUCUUCUGCUUCAUUCUCCUCUUCGCCAUGUGUCUCGUCGGAGCACUAGGUCACUUCUUAUGGCUGCAGGCGCUGCCCGGUGUGCCCCCUUUCCUGGUUCCCGACAGCAACGGUCACCUGGACAGUGCCAGUCUGUCUGGCUUCUACAUGUUCUUCACCAUGAUCAUCCUGCUGCAGGUCCUGAUUCCUAUCUCCCUCUACGUGUCCAUUGAGUUGGUGAAGAUUUGUCAGAUCUUCUUCAUCACUAAUGACGUCGACCUGUACGAUGAGGAGACAGACAGCCGCAUGCAGUGUAAGGCCCUGAACAUCACAGAGGACCUGGGACAGAUUGAAUAUAUCUUCUCAGACAAGACUGGCACCCUCACUGAGAACAAGAUGGUGUUUUGCAGAUGCUCCAUCAUGGGCACCGAGUACCCACACAAAGAGAAUGCCAUCCGCCUAGCUGUCCUUGAAGAACCAGAGUUAGGGGAGGAGGUCAUCUUCAACCAGCAACCACAACCCCUAAAAACUGGAUGGUGCCUGGAUACUGAGGAGACCAACCCUGAGCACAAACAACAUCGCCAUGGCAGCCGACACAAGAGCAAGGUCACAGGAAAUGCACAGAGAGAUGUGGCCUUCAGCAGUCCGCUGGAAACUGAGGUGAUUCCAGACAGGAAGCUGCUUCAGCAGAUUAGCAGGGCAGAGAGCAGCAGCAGCGGCAGCAGCCAGAAGAUAGAUCCCUACCUGGACUUUUUUCUGGCUCUCGCCAUUUGCAACACAGUGGUGGUUUCCAUGGCAACAGCUCGGAGACAGAGGGUGAGCAGGUUUUCACGCUCCUCUCAGACAAAUAACCCACUGGAUGCUUUGAACAACCUGGUGAAAAGGUCUGGCUCUCUUCGCCAUAUUUUCACCUCCUGGCAGCGCAAGCCCAAGAGAAAUCGCACCAUCUCAGAGGACUCAGUUAUGGAGGAGGACCAUUUUAACCUCCCUGUAAAUAUGGAGAGGUCUGGAGACAUCAAUGGGCUCCAAACAUGUUCGCUCCACACUCCAUCUCAGUGCGACAGUCCUGAAACAAACUCAGCUAAUCUCAGCUAUGAGGCAGAGAGUCCAGAUGAGGCAGCCCUGGUGUACGCAGCCAAGGCAUAUGGCUUCACUCUGCUGGCCCGCACCUCUGACAGCGUGACGGUGAGGCUCCCGUCUGGGGAGGACCUGGUGUUUGAGGUGCUGGACACCUUGACCUUUGACUCCAUCAGGAAGAGAAUGUCUGUUUUGGUGCGACACCCAAUCACCAAAGAAUAUGUGCUGUACACUAAAGGUGCAGACUACACCAUCAUGGAGCUACUUGGUACACCGUACGCAGAACAUCUUAGCAGGAAUCAGAGGAAUAUAGCAGCAGCUACUCAGUAUCAUCUCAACUGCUAUGCUAAAGACGGGCUGCGCACACUUUGCUUUACAAAGAAGGUUGUGAGUGACAAGAUGUAUGAAAGCUGGUCAGUGAACAGACAGAGAGCUCUGGCUGCUAUAGACAACAGAGAGGAGCUUGUUAUGGACACUGCUGUGCAGCUAGAGACAAACCUCUCCCUGUUAGGGGCGACAGGCAUUGAGGACCGUCUGCAGGAGAGUGUCCCAGACACUAUCGUGGCACUGCGGAUGGCAGGGAUCCAGGUGUGGGUGCUGACUGGUGACAAGCCGGAGACAGCUGUCAACAUCGGCUAUGCCUGCAGGCUACUGGAAGAGGAAGACCUUGUGAUUAACAUGAGCUGCAAAAACAAGCUCACGUGCAUGUCCAUCUUGGACUGUACACUGGAAGAGGUGAGGAGGUACAGUGCAGAUCCUCGUAAUGUGGAUACAACCCAAGACAUCUCCCUGGUGAUUGACGGACUCACCCUGACCAUGGCCCUGUCAUCGGACCUGCAGGAUCGCUUCGUGGACCUGGCUAAGCGCUGCCGCUCUGUGCUCUGCUGUAGAGUCACACCCUUACAGAAGAGCAGAGUGGUGAAGGUGGUCAGAGAGAAACUCAAGGUCAUGACCCUUGCUGUGGGUGAUGGUGCAAAUGAUGUCAACAUGAUCCAAGCAGCUGAUAUCGGCAUUGGGAUAUCCGGUCAGGAGGGCAUGCAGGCGGUCAUGGCAAGUGAUUUCGCUAUAUCUCGCUUCAAACACCUGAAAAAACUUCUCCUGGUUCAUGGACGCUGGUGCUACACUCGACUGGCCAACAUGAUCAUUUACUUCUUCUAUAAGAAUGUGGCCUAUGUGAACCUGCUGUUCUGGUAUCAGUUCUUCUGCGGCUUCUCUGGCACUGCCAUGAUCGACUACUGGCUGCUGAUUUUCUUCAACCUUUUCUUCACCUCUGUUCCGCCCAUCAUGUUUGGGAUAAUGGACAAAGACGUUUCUGCAGAGAUGUUGCUGGGUGUUCCUGAACUGUACAGGACUGGACAGGGUGCAGGGGAAUACAACUUUUCAACAUUCUGGGUUUCCAUGCUCGAUGCCUUCUAUCAGAGUCUGGUGUGCUUCUUUAUUCCAUACUUGGCUUACCAGGAUUCAGACAUUGAUGUUUUUUCCUUCGGAAUGCCUUUGAACACAAUUUCUUUAUUUACCAUCCUGCUGCAUCUGUCAAUAGAGAUCAAAGCCUGGACGGUGAUUCACUGGGUAAUCAUGCUGGGCAGUGUGGCGCUGUACUUCGUUGUGACACUUGCCUACAGCGGCAGCUGCGUCACCUGUAACCCUCCAUCCAACCCGUACUGGAUCCUCCAGAGCCAGAUGGCCGACCCCAUGUUCUACCUUAUCUGCAUCAUCACUACUGUGGUGGCUCUGCUGCCCAGGUACAUGUUUCACGUGCUGAGGAACUCUAUCGCCCCCUCCCCGCUUAUGCAAGCCAGGCAUCUGGACCGGCUGGACCCCCCCACAAGGGACCAGUGGAUCAAGGAGUGGAGGAGCUUCAGGGUCAGAGGGCAGGUCAAACGCUCCAGGCUGUCUACACCACCCUCUCCCACCCUGGAGACCCCUGCGGACAUUUAUCCCCAAGCUCCCAAUGCCUCUGAUAUAAUGGGGGAUGAAUUCACACUGAAUGGGAUCACUGAAAACUACACACAUGAGAAACAUUCGUUGGCAACUUGAAGGAAUAAGAUGAUUAUUUAUUCAGAAAACUGUUAAUAUUCUAAACUCAUGAGACACUCAUGAGUGGAUAUAUCCCGGUAUAGAGUUAUGUUUCAUUUUUAAUUUUUGAGGGAGGGUGCUUACAUAAAUGCAAUCAGGGAGAAAUACUCUUCCUCUCUGACUUGUGACAAAUCAUCGAUUGGGGUGAUGAGUUAAUUUUGUAACAAAAAGCAUGUAGGGCACUCUCCUCCUUACUCUCCUCAUUACAAGCUGCCAUAGUGAACACAUAAGCCUGUUACUUUCCUGAUGGGUUUUCAGAGCACACUGGUAACCCAAUUAGUCAUGCCACCCACCCCUCCAAAAUGUGGCACUUUUCCAGAACAAAAUGCUUAGCUGGUUUAAUAUAUUCCUCUCACCUAGAUACCCUAAACAGUCACAAUGCAUCCUGUCAGGCAAACACGUGUGGUUUAAAGAAUUUCCAUUCAAUUUGCCUGUAUAAAUAUAUAUAUAUAUAUAUAUAUAUAUAUAUAUAUAUAUAUAUAUAUAUAUAUUAUAGGCUGGGCCUUUGACUAGUUUUGUGUAUAUCUGUAAAAUUAGCUGUGGAAAUGUGUGUGUGUGUGUCAAGCUUCAUCUUAUUUCAGAAGCAUCAUCCAGAUCAAACAAGCAAAAAGGUAAAUUCAGAAGAAUCAGAAGAAAAGGCUUCUUAACUACAAAGUGUGAUGCUUUUUCAUGGAAAUGAAGUGUGCACAAGCUGAA